AUGGUCAAGUCCAAUCUGGAUCUGAUCCGCGAAUGCGAUAACUUCCCCUAUUACGAGGACAACCGCGUCGCGUACACCGAUAACCUCAAGAAAUACCAUGAGUUCCGCGUUUCGGGGUACGAUGUCAAUCUAGGAUAUAUCCUGAACACAGUCGUCGAGAAGUUUCCUUGGCCGAAGGAGAUCUGGGAAGUCGAUUCUGCAGCCCAGACAGUCACCCUGGUCACAUCGGCAGAUGCCGAUCCCGCACACCGCAGCGAGCUGGUAGCGCAGAGUAUCGCCGAGGCUGUGAAAGUAGGAUGCUUCGAGGUGUUGAAAGGUUGGCGCAAUGAGAAGUACCCCGUCUACGGACCUGGCGGUGAAUACCUGCUCGAGAUGGAGCGCAGCGCAACACCGCUAUUCGGCAUUGUCUCCUACGGCGCCCAUAUGACCGGAUACGUCGAGGAUGAGACGGGCUUGAAGUUUUGGGUUCCUCGGCGCGCAAAGACGAAGCAGACCUACCCCAGUAUGUUGGAUAACACCGUCGCCGGAGGAAUGUGUACCGGUGAGAAGCCAUUCGAAUGCAUUGUCCGCGAGGCUAUGGAGGAAGCAUCCCUACCAGAGUCUGUUGUACGUGCUUCCAUUGUCCCAGUGGGAUGCGUUACAUACACUCAUGUGCGGGACUCCCGCGCUGGUGGUGAAAUCGGCCUCUUGCAACCUGAGGUGGAAUAUGUUUAUGACCUGAAGCUCGAUCCUUCGGUUAUUCCCGAACCAUGCGACAACGAGGUCGAGGAAUUCAACCUGAUGUCUGUAUCGGAGGUCAAGGACGCCCUGUCUCGUGGCGAGUUUAAGCCGAACUGUGCGAUCAUUAUGAUCGACUUUUUCAUUCGCCAUGGUAUUUUGACCGCCGAGAACGAACCAAAUUAUCUGGAUAUCAUGGCCCGCUUGCAUCGUCGUAUGGAACAUCCAACGGCUUCGCAUUGCAUGAAAUAG